AUGAAAAAACAGACGUCUAUCCUUGAUUUCACCAAGAAGUCCGAGAUCUCUAACGCGUCGGGGCCAGAAAUCGUUGAUUUAACCGGUGAUUCAUCAGUGAUUAAAAAUGAAGAUCAGGACUUGGUCAGCUGUCCAGUUUGUCAAAUCAUCAUCUCUUGCUUCAGCAUGAAUGAUAGAAUCAAACACGUAGAGGAGUGUUUGUCUAUUUCGUACGUGAAAGAAAAUUUUGAAGAUGAACAAUCAGUUAAAAAGAGAAAAAUUGAUACUUCUUCUUCUUCUACGAGUGCUGCUGGUAAGAAGAAUGUGGCCAAGAAGAUAGAAUCCCCCAAGUCGCUCAAACAGAGGUACAUCAAUAAAGAUUCAAACAUCAAGAAGCCAAGAUUAGCAUCUCCAAGUAAUGAAAGACAACCAAAAAAUGUUGAUACUCCGACUAGAAUAGACUCGAACAAACCCAUAAUUUAUAAGAGAAGGCCAAUACCUGAUUUGAAGAUCCUUAACUGCAAAGUCUCGAUUAACCAAUCGUAUCUAAUAGCGGUUGACGCUUUUAACUUCAGGCCCCAUGAGUCUAUUAGUAAGUAUUUUCUAUCUCACUUCCAUUCAGACCAUUACGGAGGGAUCAGUAAAAAAUGGUGUUCAGAAGGUUUGGAACUUAACCCUAAUAGGAAACAAAUAUACUGUUCGGUUAUCACUGGUAGACUACUUAGAAUACGUUUCAAUAUCGACCCCACUUAUAUUAGACCAAUGAAGAUGGAUAAACGUUAUUUGGUACAAGAAUAUGAUGAUUGGAACAAUACUGAUGAUUAUACAGAAUCCGAAUCGAAUAAUCCAGGACUCUAUGUCACCUUGAUGACUGCAAACCACUGUCCUGGUGCUGCAAUUUUUUUAUUUGAAUCAAUUGCCUUGAAUCAUGCUAAACAAUUCAUGCUUCAUUGUGGUGAUUUUAGAGUUAAUAAAGAUAUGAUUGAACACCCUGCUUUAAGACCUUUCCACCACGGUAAUGUUUACACUUUAGAUAAACUUUACCUUGAUACUACUUAUAUGUCACGUAAUUAUAAUUUCCCAAAACAAGAGUUGGUCUGCGAAGAAAUUAGUGAAAUGUUUUAUCACUUAAUAAUGGAAGAUACUUUAUUCAAUACAUGGUUUGGUACUCUACAAUCCAGAAUAACUGAUUUUUUAUCGCUUUCAAGACUGAAAAAGAAAAAAAUAUUGAUACUAGUUGGUACUUAUUUGAUUGGUAAAGAAAGAGUCGCUAUUUCAAUUCUGAAAAGACUCAAUAAUAUUCCUAUAUUUGUUUCAAAUAUUAAAAGUAGAGGUGAUAAAAAUGAAAUUUUACGAUCUUAUGAUGAUUCCUUUUUAAAUUCAGUUAUUACUGAUGACGAUCUUGGUCUUGAUUCCGAUUUCAAUGCAGUGAUCCAUUUAGUUCCAAUGGAUAUCGUUAACUCGGUAGGUGAGUUGUCAAGUUAUUUUAACCAUAAUCAAUACUUCAAUCAUUUUGAACGCUGUAUUGGGCUUAGACCGAGUGGUUGGACUUUUACCGCUCCCGAUAUUGAUAAAUUUGGUCCUCAAGAACCCAACCAAACGUCUGAAGAUGAUCCUGCAGUUGUUGAUGAUGUUGACUUAAGUCAAGUUAAUAAAGAACAAGAAUUAUCGGCAAUAGUGAAUACUUUACAAAAUGCACCCAUGUUUAAUUAUGUUGAAGAUGUAUUGAAACAAUUUCCGCUACCGAAUAAAUCAACAAGAUCAAACAAAAAAAAUCCUCAUGACAAUUCAUUGUAUAAAAUUUAUGGUCUACCUUAUAGUGAACAUUCAUCUUAUCGUGAAUUAUCCUUUUUUGUUAUAUUUCUUCAAAUCGGUCAAAUUAUUCCUACUGUUAAUACCCAUAAUGAAUGGAGUGUUAAGAGAAUGGAUGAUAUUAUCAAUUUAUGGUUGACCAUUAAGGAAAUUAAAUUUCAAAAGUCAAACAUAAAUAAUCAUAAAGUAAAUGAAGACCUACUGAAUAGUAUAAAUAAACUAACAUUAGAUGACUUUUGA